GAACGGCUUUAUGCGGUGCGCAUCAUACCCAUUCACCGGGUCUAAUAUGUUUAAUGCAGAUAACGUUGAUAUCGGGCAUCAUGGUGCCCACAUAGUUAUUCUGCAUGGGCUAUCAAUCUCGCUCUAUUUUGAUCUUUAGGGGGAAGUUUUUUCUCUCUGUUAUGAUCGUGCGUUAUGGUGAUGACUGCUUGGAAGCCUGAAAAGAAAAAGUUGUUCUUUUAUUUGUCAGAUUAAAAGACGUAUUUUGUGUUAUUGGAGUGGCGCCCCAUGGAGAAGGGGUUUAACUUAAACCAAAAUUAGUUUUUCCAAGGAUGAAUCCCCCUUCAAUUAAAAUAAGUAAAUGCAGCCUAUGUCUGAAAGGCUUUCCCGAACGACCGCCCCGGGGAUCUCUACUGUAAUUGCUUCAUGUUUGUUGUCACAAAUGUCAACUGUGUAGAUCAAAACUGAGCGAUAUAUGGAGACUGGAACCUAUCGCAGCCCGACGGAGAGCGCACCAGGCGGGCAGGGCAAAGUGAGGACGACCCCUUUAAUCAUUCAUCUACAGGACUACCCUAUCUCCAGUAACUGGUCAUUCAACUCCAUCGCCGCCACAUUUCAGGGAAAAUAACGUUUCAAUACUCAAGUCAAAUUAGGGCUACCUUUUCUGCGCCCCCGGUUUGCUGUGCGCUCACAGUUCCUGGUCGGGCGCGUAGCCCCACUCAGACGCGUUGUGACAGAAACAAGCCUCCGCAUCUGGAAAGAGUGAACAAUCUUCUCCGCGCCUCGUAACGAGAUUUGAAGCCUCUCCCUUUAUCAAACCAACGGGCAUCGUCGGAUACCGACGACUUAAAAUGACACUUUAAAUCACCCUCUUACCGCGCGCUGGUGUGUGCUGUCUCGAGGUAUUAUUUUUCAUUUUCACACUGAGGGCGAAAAGGGGGGAAAACAGACAACUCGUACAUCUCCAAGUUUUCGGGUGUCGGUCGCAGUGGAGGGAGCGAGAGGCGAUGGCAGACCCGGUGACAGCAGCACUCGUUCUCCUGGUUCUCACCUUGGCAACUGCCUUGGGUGCGGAGAUAGAGGAGCGACUGGUGACCCACCUGCUGUCUCCAGAGCGCUACAACAAACUGAUCAGACCUGCUGUCAACAAGAGCCAACAGGUCACCAUCCAUAUACAGGUGUCCCUAGCCCAGCUCAUUAAUGUGAAUGAAAGAGAACAGAUCAUGACCACCAACUGCUGGCUGACUCAGGUAUGGAAUGACUACAGGUUGGUGUGGGACCCAGAAGAGUAUGAGGGCAUAAAGAAGGUCCGCCUCCCGUCUCAGCACAUCUGGCUGCCUGACAUCGUCCUCUACAACAAUGCGGAUGGGAACUACGAGGUGUCAUUCUACUCCAAUGCGUUGGUCUCCAACAAUGGAGAGGUGUACUGGCUGCCCCCCGCCAUCUACAAGUCGGCCUGCAAGAUCGAGGUCCGCGACUUCCCCUUCGACCAACAGAACUGCACGCUCAAAUUCCGGUCCUGGACCUACGACCACACGGAGAUCGACCUGAUCCUGCUCAGCGACUUUGCCAGCCGCGACGACUUCAAGCCCAGCGGCGAGUGGGACAUCGUGUCUCUGCCGGGACGCAAGAACGAAGACCCCUCUGACAUCACCUACCUGGACAUCACCUAUGACUUCAUCAUCAAGCGCAAGCCACUGUUCUACACCAUCAACCUCAUCAUCCCCUGUGUGCUGAUCACCUCUCUGGCCAUCUUAGUGUUCUACCUGCCGUCUGACUGUGGAGAGAAGAUGACUCUGUGUAUCUCAGUCCUCCUGGCCCUCACUGUGUUCCUGCUGCUGAUCUCCAAGAUCGUCCCGCCUACGUCUCUAGCUGUCCCUCUCAUAGGGAAGUAUCUGAUGUUUGCCAUGGUGCUGGUCACCUUCUCCAUCGUCACCAGUGUGUGUGUGCUCAAUGUGCACCACCGCACGCCCUCCACACACACCAUGCCCCGCUGGGUUAAACGCCUCUUCCUGCACCGCCUCCCCUCCUUCCUGUUCAUGCGUCGGCCGGGCAGCUCCAACAUCCGGGAGAGGUUCCGCCAGAAGCACCAGCGGCGCUCCUACUCUGACCUGAAGCUGAGAGACGGGGCGGUGGCGGUGGCCGCGGGGGGGAUGGGGGUGGCCGCGGGGGGGAUGGGGGUGGCAGGGGGGUCUGGGAUGGGCGGAGCUGACUCCUUCUAUGUGAACGAGGAGUCGGCCAAGCGGUACGGCUGGAAGAUCAGCGACCUGUCAGAGAAUACAGAGUUCAGGAAGAGGAUGACGGUGAAGUGUCACGCAGAUGUGGAGGAGGCAGUGGACGGGGUGCGCUACGUCGCCGAGAAGAUGAAGAUCGAGGAUAACGAUGAGGGGGUCAUCGAGGACUGGAAGUACGUUGCCAUGGUGAUUGACCGGCUGUUCCUGUGGAUAUUUGUGUUUGUGUGCAUCACCGGGACGUUGGGGCUGUUCAUGCAGCCCCUCUUUCAGAGCUACAACACACCCACGGCAGAUGACCUGGAGCAGAACUGACCUACGACCUUUGACCUGAAACAUGACCCUGACGCCCCCCAACACUCUCAUGGGGAACAACCACCUCGAGGGAAACAGCUACUUACCAACACCUUGAAACAGAACUGUGUCAUUUUGACACACUCACAUACUGUAUGCACACAGCACACUCGCCCACACAACACCAACCAACGCCCCUCAACCUCCCUCUUAAAGGGAUAGUUCAACCAAAUUACAAAAUGACACAUUGCUGUCCUUACCCUGUAAACAGUCUAUGGACAAGGUAUGACAGCAAUCCAUGCUUUGGUUUAGUUUCACUGGCACUGUUUCUAAAUGCUAAUAAUUUAGCAUUUGUAGCACAAAUCCCAUUCAAGUCAUGGUACCGAUAUUAGGAUUUGUGCUACAAAUGCUAAAACAUUAGCCUUUAGAAACAGUGCCAUUGGAAUUUAACAAAAGCAUGGAUUGCUGUCAUACCUUGUCCAUAGACUGUUUACAGGGUAAGGACAGCAAUGUGCCGUUUUGUAAUUUGGAUGAACUAUAACAUCGUCUAUGAAACAAAGCGACCCCACCCUCAUACCGUCAUCCCCACAUCAGUCCAUCCCUCUAUCCUCUCCUCCCCCUCUGUCACUCACAGAAGGUCAAAAGGACAGGAACAACUCAGGAUAGGACUCUUCUUUUUCCUCUGUAUUGAUUCUCCUCCACCCUGCUUUGUUUCAAAUCCCUUCUUUUCUACUAGUUCAACUCUUUUCUAGUUCAGCCUGAGUUCAAUUCAUUCACAACUCAUUGGUUGUUGCAACCAGACGGUGACGGGCCUCGCAUGCCGAAUAAGGGUAUUUUGUUUUCUAUUUUCUAUCUGUAUUUCAUUUUAUAAGGAGAGGAGACAAUAUUUUCUGCACUGUUCCAGAAUCAUUUGCUGAGCCCAAAGAUAUACACACACACACACACACACACACACACACACACACACACACACACACACACACACACACACACACACACACACACACACACACACACACACACACACACACACACACACACACACACACACACACGACGAGUCUGACACUGGCCCGAAGACGGCAACAAAGCCGCUAGUCUCUCCGUGUGUCCUCAUCCAGUGAAGCACAGACAGACACACGUGCAUUGCCUUCAGACAGAGACGGAGAGACGCAUUUCUUUCGACAGGAACGCCAGCAGGCUUGUUAGUUUGCUGUGAAAGGGGAAGCCUUGACUGUCUCCCCUCGUGCUACACUGUGUUGAGUGAGUACUACUGUACAGUAUUCGGGACAGUUUUUGGCCCCAGGUGGUCAGUCACUUCAAAGCGAUUAAUUUCCUUUUAAGCUGUCCGGUUUAUGUUAUGUUCAAAAUGGUUGUUCUUAUGUUUGGAAAGAGGGAGGGACCAAUGGAAAGCUAGCUGUAAAGUAAACCCAAAAUUACCAUACAACUGUUGUCCCUCACGUUAGCUUCUCUUAAAUAUACAGAACGCUGGUUUUGUCAAAGCAGUGUUCAAUCACACAACGGUUGCCAGGGAGCCAGCAGCAAUAUGUACAGUAUUUUAUACACAAAUACCCCAUAAAUAAACUGGUCAAACUGAACAGCGUUUGGCUCUGCACUAGCAAUCUUCCAGGGCGGUGUAAACAUUGCUUUGUAUUUUUCAGAGAUCUUUUACCCAAGUCUGUGAAACUAUUUGUUGUCACGGUCAUACAGUAUGCCCACUCUGUCACUGCUAGCCAAUGGAAGGCGUACUUUACACAUUUCAAGUUAAGUGCAAGUUUCGUUCUCAUUUCAUGUAUUUAUUUUCUUCAGUGAAAAGAAGGGGUCAUGUAUUUUUCUUUCCACUGGCCAGUUAUGUGACCUGUUUCGGUUAAUUACAGGAAGGAUGCUGAUGUCAUGUCAAAGGGAUCAAUAAAAGGAAAUAACGGGAUGAGAUUCUGGGAUGUGGUUCUGUGUGGCUCAGUUGGUAGAGCAUGGCAAGCAUGGCGCUCGGUCGGGAUUCGGCUCCUACGAUCAUAUGCACACACGUAAGACAUGGAAAAUGUGUAGAAUAGCAGGAAAUGAGCUUUAAAAACGGCAAUCUUUUCCCUUUGCUCCAUGGCAUUUGUGGAAUUUUUGUUCUCUCUCGGCCAACAAGAGUGGUGUGAACAGUUUGGUGUUGCAUGAGUUGCGAGGUGGGGGUUUGUUACUACGCCGAUAAAUGACAUUAUCCAUCCAGACCUUUGCCUCCUAGGACAUUGGGUGUGACCGGACCUUCUCAAAUAGACUUGCCUAGUUAAAUAAAGGUUCAA